AUUGAACGGGGAGUUUAAAGGGUAAACACGUGAUUACAUUGAUAUUCAAAUAAUUAAAUGAGUGAAUAAAAUGACACAAUAAUGAGUGAGUGAACAGACAGAUAAAUGACUGGGUAGUUGAGUGACUGAGCAGCAGCAGCAGAUCAGUGACGCGCUCUCAGUAACACAGCGCGUCACCAGCGCCUCUGGUUGGAGCGUCUCUCCAGAGCAAAGGAGAAAAACACACACACACGGUGCAAAAGUCAGCGCGAAAUUUGCGGUCACCAUGAGCCGCCGGUACCGUGCGCUCCUCCGGUUCUCACUGCUACUGCUGCUCCUGGAGCCCGCGGACGCGGCGGCGGCGGUGGAAUACUCCUCCACCAAGACCGACCUGGACUACGAGUUCGGUGAUUACCGGGGGAAGUGGUGCAUCGACGACCACGGUUUCGUCUACGCCAUCGGAGAGGUUUAUUACCCGAGCCCCAGCGGGUGUCCGUGCACAUGCACCGUAGACGGACCGGUAUGCAUUAGACCCAAGUGCCCGCGCAUCCACCCCCGGUGCACCCGCAUCAGGUACAAGGCGUGCUGCCCGGUUUGCGAGGCCGUGGCGCGGGUCUGUGUCUACGGAGGGAAAACGUACCGACUCCUGGAGGAAUUCAGGUUGUCGCGGUGCGAGCGGUGUCGCUGUGAAGCCAACAGAGAAGUGUACUGCAGUAUUUCUGAAUGCCCCGCCCCUCACUGUGUCAACCCCACCUACGAACCCAACCACUGCUGCCCGGUGUGUAAGACAGGUCCAAACUGCUUCGCCGGGAGCCGGGUGAUAGCAGCAGGGGAGCGGGUCAACAUCGACGAUCAAACCGUUUGCUACUGCACCUAUCGGGACGGGACGUGGCACACGCAUCCCCACGCCACCUGCGAGCUGCGCAACCAAACCAGCCCCCCCACACGUGAUGAUCGCAUCGAAAUCUUCAGAGACGAGGAAGCCCGGGGGACGGGGGGGAGGCCCAGUAUCCCCUGGCUGGACGCAAUUCCAUAAAGUGGACCGUUGAUGAAAUCAGUCGGAUGAAAACGAGCAGUGAAAAACUUCAAAAAGUCAAAUAUUAUGAGUAAAAUGUUACUGUGAGAAAUACAUAAAUAGUAACUAAUAAACGGCCACUUCUUCAGGUACAUCCACUCUGUACCUGAUUGUGACCCCCGCCCCACAUUUAUGCUAAUAGUGCUAAUUACAUCAUGUAUUUUAUCCACCACAUCCUCAUGACUCUGACAAGAACAUCUUCUUGUAGCUCCUCCCUCUCAUCAUCUCUUCUACUGUUACAGUAACAUCUACAUUAUUAAAUCUUCUCAGGUCUCAUCCUCUCCCCGACACCGUCCCCCUUAUCUCUGAUCCGUCCUCCCUGAAGAUCCACCCUCAUCUGCUUAUCUCUGAUCCGUCCUCCCUGAAGAUGAUGUCAACAUCUUCAUCUUCUCAGCCUUCUGGUCCAUCUCUAAACCAACCAUCAUAGCAGAUCUCACUGCUGUCCUAUUUCCCUUCAACUUUGUAACAACCUUUCUGUUAGAAAUCAACAAGAACUUAUAGCACAAACCAACUAAGACCGACAUCAAGAGUGAAAUAGGUAAAAAUAGGUGAGUAUAUAUUUGUCGUUGUACUUUAUGAAUGAGGAGCAGGUGUCAGGUACAGACGGUGGCCAUGACCUGCUGCUCUCCAUCUGGAGUCAUCAACAUGUCCAACCCUGUCUCUCUGUCUCCAACAGACACUGCAGUAGGUUAGUAAGGGG